AUGAGUGGUCCGUCGCGAGAAGAGGAUUCAAAGGUUGACGAGAGAGAACAUAAAGAAGGAGAAGGUAACCGGUUACUGGAACUAGAAGGUGAAUCGGAGACGGAGGAGGAUGAGGCGGCGUAUGAAUCCGGCGAGAAAAUCGUGGUGGUGGAUUUCGAAUUCGACACCGUGGAUGAUUCCGCCGUUCCUCCUUUCUCAUGGAAGAAGCUAUGGAUGUUCACUGGUCCUGGAUUCUUGAUGAGUAUAGCUUUUUUGGAUCCGGGGAAUCUGGAAGGGGAUCUGCAGGCCGGAGCGAUUGCCGGAUAUUCGCUGUUGUGGUUGUUGAUGUGGGCGACUUUCAUGGGGUUGUUGAUUCAGCUUCUUUCUGCGAGAGUCGGUGUUGCCACUGGUCGUCAUCUUGCUGAGCUUUGUAGGGAUGAGUACCCUAAUUGGGCUCGCUAUGUGCUUUGGUUUAUGGCGGAAUUGGCUUUGAUUGGUGCUGAUAUUCAAGAAGUUAUUGGUAGUGCGAUUGCUAUUCAGAUUCUUAGCCGUGGUGUUUUGCCUCUUUGGGCUGGUGUUCUUAUCACUGCUUCUGAUUGCUUUUUCUUUCUAUUUCUUGAGAACUACGGAGUAAGGAAGUUGGAAGCUGCUUUUGCAGUUCUAAUUGCUACCAUGGCUAUUUCUUUUGCCUGGAUGUUUGGUGACACAAAACCUAGUGGAAAAGAGCUCUUGAUGGGUAUUUUGAUUCCAAGACUUAGCUCAAAAACAAUCCGUCAGGCUGUGGGCGUUGUGGGAUGUGUAAUUAUGCCUCACAAUGUAUUUCUGCAUUCUGCUUUAGUUCAGUCAAGGAAGAUUGAUCCACUUAAGAAAGGCCGGGUGCAAGAGGCUCUUAAUUACUAUAAUAUUGAGUCAACGGUUGCACUUUCAGUAACCUUCAUGAUUAAUCUAUUUGUCACGACAGUUUUUGCCAAGGGUUUCUAUGGAACAAAGAAGGCAAAUAGCAUAGGAUUGGUGAAUGCAGGGCAGUAUCUUGAGGAAAAAUAUGGAGGAGGACUCUUCCCUAUUCUUUAUAUAUGGGGAAUUGGGUUAUUGGCGGCCGGACAAAGUAGCACUAUCACGGGCACGUAUGCCGGGCAAUUCAUAAUGGGGGGUUUCCUCAACCUUCGAUUAAAGAAAUGGUUGAGAGCAUUGAUCACCCGGAGUUGUGCAAUCGUGCCAACUAUAAUUGUAGCUAUUGUUUAUAACAGCUCAGAAGCCUCAUUGGAUGUUUUGAAUGAAUGGCUUAAUGUGCUUCAGUCCGUACAAAUUCCCUUUGCAUUGAUUCCCCUCCUCACAUUGGUCUCCAAAGAACGUAUCAUGGGGUCCUUUAAGAUUGGGCCUGUUCUUGAGAGGGUGGCAUGGACGGUUGCUGCACUGAUAAUAGUAAUUAAUGGUUAUCUCUUGGUAGAUUUCUUCGUUUCUGAGGUGAACGGCGCAUUGUUUGGUUUUGUAGCCUGCUCUUGCACAGUUUUAUACAUUGCAUUCCUUGUAUAUUUAAUUUCACAAAGUGGCGCUCUUCCUUCCGCAUUGGUGGAUCGACUUCCAAAGGGAUUUUCUGUUACUGAGAAGUAA